AUGGUGCUCAAGGAAUUGCUCUCUGCCAAAGCGCAGAAAUUCGACGACUUCGAAGACCCUAAAGCGUUUGGGAAGGAUGAUUGUCUCUCUUGCCGAAUAGUUGGCUCUACUGCUCUGACAUCCCUGGGCGGCUACGUGUACUUUUCCGGCAUGCAGCAACUCAGAGCACAACAAAAGGUCAUCGAAUUGAGCAAGUCGAAGUACAAGUACGGUUCAAGACAGUUGGGCAUUGUCUCGUUGUCAGCGACUCUGGUUGGGCUCGGAAUCUAUCGGAUGUUCAACUAG